AUGACACAAUAUCUUGAGCUCUCUCGGUUUGAGGGUGAUUUGCUUUCAGAUCCUUUACAAUAUCAACGUCUUAUUGGUAGAUUGUUGCAUCUCACCAUUACUACACGUGAUAUUGCUUUCUCUAUUCAAACACUUGGUCAGUUCAUGGAUACUCCACGGUUACCCCAACUUCAUGCUGCUCAUUGUGUGCUUCGGUAUCUUAAAUCAUCUCUUGGUCAGGGUCUUUUCUUUCCUACUCAUUCAUCCCUCAAACUCACUAGGUUUACUGAUUCAGAUUGGGCUAGUUGUCUUGAUUCUCGUCGUUCAAUUACUGGUUUUUGUAUUUUCCUUGAUGGGUGUGUUGAAUAUUCACUCCCCACCAUCUUGAGGGGGCGUAUUACAAUUCACUUGCUGCUGCUUCUCAUUCAUCACCUUACAGCAGCAGCUGAGCAACACUCCACAGCAGAGCAGCUCACAGCAGAGAGCAGUUCGCAGCAACAGCAGCAGCUCACCAGCAGCUGCAGCUCAUAA